AUGCUUGAAAUAACAUUACAGAUAGCAGAUUAUCCACCAAAACCUUACAGAGUAAUGGUAGCAAGAAUAUUUGAAUACAUCAUAGGGAUUGAUGUUAUUAGGGGAAUGGACUUAUGGAUUGACAACACCCUGUGGUCAUUUGGGUCCACGCGGUGGCGUUUUCGAGCAAUCCAAGUGGGAAAGAUACAGGAAGAGGCAAACAUUCCCAUUUGUACGCAGAUUGUUAAUCUUAAACAGUACAAGAUUCCAGGUGGGGAUGAGGAAAUUCAGACAACAAUCCAAGAACUACUUGAGGCACAAGUAGUGAGGUACACUCAUUCUCCAUUUAACUCUCCCAUAUGGCCUGUGAGAAAAUCAGAUGGGUCAUGGCGAAUGACCGUAGAUUACAGAGGAGUUAACAAAGUCACUCCACCAAUCACAUCUGCUGUACCCGCUGUUACAGACUUGGUUCAUGAAAUUCAAAAGCACCCAGGUGAUUGGUAUGCAGUAAUAGAUGUGGCUAAUGCCUUUUUCACCAUUCCUAUACCACAAGCAGCACAGGAUCAAUUUGCUUUUACCUGGAAGGGUAUUCAGUACACCUUCACACGACUUCCACAGGGAUACAAACACAGUCCAACCUAUUGUCACCAGGCCAUACAUCGGACCCUGAAGCAGCUUCCAAAUUUGAACCCCUCAGUCCAAAUAGUCCAGUAUGUAGAUGACAUACUAAUUCAUGGCAAUACAGAACAUGAGACAGGUGAAGUCCUCGAGAAAGUAGUGGACACACUGAAAAAGGAUGGGUGGGCUGUUAACCCUAAAAAGAUACAGGGGCCAGCUACGAGUGUAAAGUAUCUAGGAAUAACCUGGCAUGCUGGGAAACAGGAAGUACCAGAACAGAUAAGGCAGGCCAUAAAGGAAUGGCCAACACCCACAACUAAACGAGAAACACAGCAGUUUCUGGGAGCCGUUGGGUUUUGGAGGUCAUACUUACCAGGGUUAGCUAUUUUAUUGAAACCACUGCACAGAGUGACAAGGAAAAAGGCUGUGUUUGAAUGGGGUAGUGAGCAACAGACAGCAUUUGAGGGAGCCAAAAAUCUGAUACAGGAGUACAUGGAAUUGCACCCCAUUCAGGCAGGACCCAUUGAAUUACAAGUGUCAGUAGAGCAAGAUGUUGCCCUAUGGAGUUUGUGGCAACUACAAGAUGGGCGACGCAGGCCACUUGGAUUUUGGUCCCGACGAUUUCGGGGGGCAGAGGAAAAAUAUACGCCUUUCGAAAAACAGUUAGCUGCUGUGUACUGGGGACUGCUAGACACAGAGGAUCGGACAGCAGGACAUGAGGUAAUAGUCAGGACUCCAUCUCCAGUAGUAUCUUGGGCUCUAGGACCUACGGCAACUAACAAAAUCGGUAGUGCACAAGAGCAGACAAUAGUAAAGAUGAGGUGGUACAUUCAAGAACGAGCAAAGGCUGGAACUCGAAACUUACACACACUACAUGAGCAAGUAAGCAGUAGUGUCGAGGAUACCAGUCUUCAAGAAAAGGAAAAACAGCUUAUGCAAAACAUACAGCUAGGGAGGUGGGGAGUGCCAUACGAAAAUUUGUCAGAUGAACAGAAACGCAAUGCCUGGUUCACAGAUGGUGGUGGUACCCAUCAAGGAAAGUGGACUGCAGUUGCAAUCAAUCCCGUGACAGGUACACGCCUGGUCACAACAGGGGAGUCAGGUAGUAGCCAACUAGCUGAGUUAGUUGCAGUAUGGCAGGCCUUGGAGGCAACACCUCCAAACACUAUAUGUUAUGUGUACACUGAUUCAUGGGCCGUAGCUCAGGGGCUAGUUCAUUGGUUACCCAUUUGGAAAAAAGCGCAGUGGAAAAUUGGAAGCAAAAUAGUCUGGGGACAACAGUGGUGGGAGAAAAUUUAUGCCUUGUUGCAAAGCCGGGAUGUAUGGGUAUAUCAUGUGGAUGCUCACACCACUAACACCACUCCCACACAUAUUGGUAAUCAAUUAGCAGACAAACUUACUAAACAAGUAAGAACUGUAAACAGUAGUGAAGAAACAGCAUUGGCACUGUGGGCCCAUGAAAAAGCGGGACAUGGAGGAAGAGAUGCCACUAUUUAUUGGGGAAAACAGAGAGGAGUACAUUUAUCUGCCACCAUUGUGUCUGACGUGAUUCAGAAAUGCUCAGUUUGUCAGACAAUCAAACAGCAGGCGUUAAAAGUGAUUCCCUUAGGAUCCUUGAAAAAGGGAAUGAAUAGUGCAGAGAUAUGGCAAUUGGACUUUAUUGGGCCAUUACCUGAGCACCGAAGGCAGCGAUAUGUCUGUACCGCAGUAGAUACAUACUCUGGAGUUCUUGUAGCUAUUCCCAGCCGAUAUGCAAAUGCAUUCACUACUGUUAGAAUGUUAGACACCAUUGAGACUUAUUAUGGGACUCCAGUGGAAAUACAGACAGAUAAUGGGUCACACUUUAAAAACCACCUGGUGCAGAAAUGGGCAGAUGAGCGGCAAGUGCAUUGGGUGUGGCACCUACCUUAUCACCCUCAGGGGGCUGGACUGAUUGAGCGUAUGAAUGGGUUGCUCAAACAACAACUGAAACGAUUGGGAGAAGGAAAAUUCACGCGGUGGGUGGAUCAUAUAACAGAGGCAGUACGAGUUUUGAAUAACCGAGCACUUACCCCCACCACAACUCCCUUGCUCCUAAUGAAAAGAGAAACUCCCACAGUGUGUAAAGUAAAUAUUAAUGCAAAGGUAUCUUACCAAGCAGGUGAUCAGUAUGGUAUAGUGGGUGGAGCUACAGUUUUGGAGCUCAGCAACAAAACUUCACACAGUUAUGGGCCGCAAGAAGUUAAGUGGGAGCGACCUGAUUGUCAGCUAAAGGCUCCAUCAGUACCUCUUGUGAAAUUGCUUGCUUUGGCUCCACGAGCAGUAACCAAAGGGUUAACAUUGUUAAAUCCAGUGCAAGAGGGUCAUAAGCCAGUGUUGCUGGGUAUUAAAAACACUGCUAAUCAUACUGUUGUGUUACACCCUGGUCCACUCUGUUCGUUAGUAUAUGUUGCAUCCAUACCUCCAACACCCUCUGUGGCAGUUGGAGGUAUAGGACACAGAGUGUGGUAUACCCCUCCAGGACAGAGUCCUGUAGCAGCUGAAAUUAUUGCUACUGACCAGUCACAUGCUGUUACUAUUGCAGUGCCUGGAAAUUCUGAAUGGCUCCGAGUGCCAUUAGAACAGCUGCGACGACGGGACUAAAUAUGUAAGGGGGGAGGGGGGGGGGGGGGCCCCCUAACAGUUUUUUUUUCUUUCUGUUUUAUUGUAGAUAUCAGCUAUGCUUUGCUUCUUUGCUGACUUCUGUUUCGGAUGUCAAUGUGUGGACCACCUUGGCCAAUGUGACGAAGACGGACGUGAUAUGUGUGUCCAUGGUAACUCCCACGAGUCCUUUUCGCACCUGUCUGGUUGGAGUACCUAUCGAUAACUUCCGGUGGGGAACUCUAUAUAAUGAGACUGUGUUAGCAAACUGCACGCAUCCAGGAACUCAACAACCUCUUUGGUGGUGCCAGGCAUCGUGGCGAGCUAAAAGCGGAAAAGACGCUACUUGGUAUAUUAAGUCUUUAGCAUAUAUGCAUAAUUUUCCUGCUUUACCCAUUCAACCACAAGAGCUGGACAUCUUAGGGACAUUAACUGCAACUAGAUGCUUCUACCUAAACUAUACGUCAGGUACCAAGGUUAAUGAAGGAG